AUGGAUCUGUUGUGGUCGAAAGAAAGAUUACAAAAAAUUUUUAGUAAAGAUUCUCUUCCACUGACCACCGCUCAUGCUUCCGGUGACGCACGCGCACCUAUUCCCUGUUGUCGGCUGUGUGGGGGAGACGCUAACUUACGGUGCUUCUGUGACACCUACGUGUGGGAGGGGACUGAGGAGCGAUACGAUCAGCUCUUGUACGACUGUUUUGGAGUUCGGGUUAUACCAACCGACAGUAUGAUUUGUGAUCAUUGCGUUCGCCAGCUUCGAAAUACUCAGCGUUUCCGCGCCCUUGUUCAGGCGGCCUUCGCUAAUCCGCCCAGCGAAUUUUCAAUGAAUCAAUCACACAUGGGCGUCGGCGAGGGUUCCUCGCGACCAAAGAACAAGCACAAAGCAAAGUCCAACGUGGAACUGCUCAAGAAGAUGACGCGGACGACAAUAUCCAACCCUCAACGGAAACGAAAGAUAAACGAGCACAAGUCAAUUCUGAACUCUAACGUCCAAGUUAGAAGGAUGAAUAUCGCGUGCACUAUGUGCCAGCAAAGAUACCCAAUGUUGGUACCAUUUGAAGGAUGGAAAAAAUUUGUAUGUUCUCGAUGUAAAAAGAAUUGUGAACCUCGCAAAAGUGUCUGCAGGAAGUGUAAUAUGAAUGUGCCUGCGGGUAUGAUGAGGGAACACUUGGAGAUACAUGUAAAAGCUGAUUUGAGGACUAAAAAUAGGUUAACACAUUUUUUAUCAUUUUAUAGGAGUAGCAUAAUAAAAAAUGAAAGUUUCAUAAAACCUAAAUUUCAAUGUAGUCAAUGUACAAGAAAAUAUACAAUCGCUCAGAAUUUAGCCAAACACGUUAGCAGCGUACAUAAAAAUAGCACAAAUUGUCUAUGCGCGGUGUGCGGUAAAGACAUGAAGUCUAAAGAAUUAUUAGAAAGGCACAUGAGAAUGCAUACUGGCCAGCCGAUAUAUCGCUGUGAUGUUUGCAUGAGAAUAUUCAAAGGAAAACGACUUUUUCAGACACAUUAUUUGACGCACGGGAAGUAGAAACUUUUUUGGUUAUAUAUAGGAUUUGGAUUUUUAAAUUAGCUACAGACUACAGAUAUUAAAAAAGAAAGAAAGAUAUAAAUACUCCUUGAUUCUGCUUUCUUUUUUAAUGGAUAUUGAUACCUUGAGCGUACCCAGAUUUUUGUAUGGCCAAAAAAUCAAUCUAAAAACUUAUUAAAAUCCAAAAUGUCUAUUAUUAGCUGCGAGUCUGGGUGGCGCAAAUUGAUACAACUUUAUAACAGCUAUGUAUUUUUUUAUCUGCGAUUCGCAUUAUUUGUGGAUGUGAUGAAAAGGAAUUUGGCGCGAAUUUUACUGCCGGGUAAACAGGUUUUAGAUCUAUAUAUAUAUUUUGUUUUUAUAUUUAUUAAAGCCCUUUUGCUUUAUUAUUAUUAUUAUUUGGUUUAGUUCAAAACAGGAACACAUGACUCAUUUCAAAUAAUUAUUUAUUUACAAACUAUUUUUACAUUUAAGCUUAUAAAAUAUUAUUUAGCUUCAUUAUCUACAUAAAAAUAUAAGAACAAAGUCAAUUACCAAUUACCGAUGAAUAAUUUAUAAUAAAAAAAUGUACCUUCUACUCUACAAAAAUUACAGAUCCAUUCUACAUACAUUCUAUUAUUUAUUAAUACGUGUUAUAAAUAAACGUUUUAUAUAA